AUGGACUCAAGUAAGCAGGGUGCUCUUAAUAGAAUUGAGAAUUCUGUCUAUAGAACAGCCUUCAAAUUACGAUCUGUGCAAACUCUUUGCCAAUUGGACUUUAUGGACAGCUCCCUGAUUCAGCAGGUCCUAUGGUAUGGACAUUUUGGGGAGAGCACAGACACCUCCAUUUCUGGGCAGCAGCUUUUUCAGGAGCUCCGGGAGCUGUUUCAGAGAACUGGGAUGAGAAAUCCAGCCCCAGUGCACCCAAGGGCACCAGAGCUCACUCUGAGUCUUCUUCUGGCCAUGUUUGACAGAACAGGAUCAGGUAUUCUCAAGCUUCAACCUGUGGCUGCUGCACUGGUUGCCCUCUCUGGGGACAGCCCUCUUACAAAGUAUAGAGCAUUUUUCCAGCUUUAUGCAGAAAACAACAGGAGAGGCGAUGAUUCCCAAGCCCGCAUGAGCCGAAGAGUUUUGAGAGCCCUACUAACAGAUCUACAGCAGAUCCCAACUGUUGUGGGAGAGAGCUGCACUUUGUGUCCCGUGGAAAGUGCUAUCCACAGCUGCUUCCGAGGGGUGUUGAGCUCUGGAAUCAAGGAGGAGAAAUUCCUGUCUUGGGCACAGUCUGAGCCUCCUAUCCUCCUGUGGCUCCCAACCUGCUACCGACUGUCAGCCUCGGAAACAGUCACUCACCCUGUGCGGUGUAGUGUCUGCCGAACCUUCCCAAUCAUAGGACUGAGAUACCGCUGUCUAAAGUGCCGUGACUUUGACAUCUGCGAGCUGUGUUUCUUAACUGGGCUCUACAAAAAAUCCCACCAGAGGUCACACACUGUGAUGGAGGACUGUGUCCAGAUGUCAGCAACAGAGAAUACAAAACUCCUCUUCAGGAGCCUCAGAAACAACCUGCCCCAGAGAUGCCAGAGGGCAGGAGCCGUGGGGAGACAGUGGCUGCUGGGCCAGCUGGCUUCAAGGAACUCAGCUAAGCACGGGCAGGCCAGGCUUUGCAUUCAGUAUAAAGGCCCUAAAGCCCCGAUAUAUGCAAGCUCAACCAGAGCAGUGGAAACAGCUGCCACAAAAACCACCAGAGUCCUGUGUCAAAGGCCAUCACCUGCUCUGCAAGCAAGUGACAACCCACACCACCAGACCAUAGUCAACAUUAAGAAUGAACUGUGGAGGACUCGUGACUCUAUCAGUGCUCUACACAGGGAAAGAAGGCUCCUUAGAAAACAGUUACGCAGAUACAAGCACAAAUUGCAAGGCACAUACGCCUUACAGGAAGAGCAGAACUGCAGAUUUGCAAUGAAGAUUCGGGAGCUCACAACCAACCAAGAUAACCUAUGGACCAAGCUACAACAGAUGAGACGAGACCUACAGGCACUGUUGCCGCCAUUCCAUCCUUCUUCUUCUCCUCAAACCACAGUAUCCAAGAUUGUCUAUUCUUUACCAGAAGAUGGCUUCUGGGAAGGAACUGAGUCUUCCUGCAUCGAGAGUGUCACUAGAGAUGGUCUAGAAUGGGAGCCUCUUCCUACCUCUGCCCAGGUGGACAGAAAGCACAAAUGCCAGGCAAGUUCAGGGAAAGCUUUACCAGGCUCUGAAUCCCCAGAGAUCAUUUUGCAAAGCACCAGGAAACAGAGUCACCCACAAAAGAUGUUGAGGAAAGUCUAUAGCUCCCCAUCUGCACACCAGGAGGAACUGCAGGACAGUCUCCAGAUUCCUCCUACUGAGGUGAACAACCCUGCUAAAACACCUUCAGCAGGGAGAGCGAUAGACUGGUUCAGUGAGAAGAGAAACAACCUGCAGGAUGAGGAGCUACAAACACUCUUGCCCAGACUCCUGGGUGCCUUUGACUUAGACUCGUCAACAGGUCCGCAGCCUUUGGUGGACAUGGAGCUGUAUGGUAGAGCCGAGCAGGUGUGCAGGGCCUUCUCUGCCCUUGUGGAUCAAAUCACCUUGCCCAUCUUAGAGUGA